GUGCCACUUUCAGGUCUCCUCACACUGCUGGUGUGUUCCAUUUUUUGUCAUAGGGUGCUGGCAGAUUACGGGCCUCCCAUAGCUGCUGCCAGGCCCCUAAUCUGCCAUGGGCCCCUGUACCGCCUCCUCAUGCUGCUGCCAGGUCCACAGUGUCUCAUGGGUCCCUGUACGGCCUCCCAUUGCUGCUGUCUCCAUCGCCACACUCUGCCAUGUGCCACUUUCAGGUCUCCUCACACUGCUGGUGUGUUCCAUUUUUUGUCAUAGGGUGCUGGCAGAUUACGGGCCUCCCAUUGCUGCUGCCAGGCCCCUAAUCUGCCUCUCCACCGCUG